UUUUGUACAUUCGUUGACGACGCACACAAAAACGGCGCAAGGGGCAAGGUGUAAAUGGGUGCGAGAAAGUCGUGUGAGGAAUAAAUGCUAUAAAUUUAAUUUAAAACUAACAACAAUUGUUAAUAAUGAGCUCAGUGAUAUAAUAGAAAAUGUAAGUGUUUUUUUUUUUACCACUUAUCCAAGUUCUGAGGCGUUGGCCUACGAAAAAACCCGAAACGCAGUCUAAAGAGAAGCAGCAAAAAAAAUGCAUAAAGGAGUGGCAAGCGUGAAAAAAAGGGAUCAAGUCUCUAAUCAAAGCAACCCAAAUUCAUUUGUGUUUGUUUGUGUGCUGCACACCUCUUAAGAUAUCGUACCAUAAAUUUUCAUAAAACAAAAUAAAACUCAAACAACGCCCAAGGAGCAGCAAUACCUGCAACAACAAUAAUAACAGCAGCAGAGGCAAACGAAGCUGCGUUUUGUUGAUUAAUUCCUGUAUAAGCAUUUUUGCGAGAGCCGCUGCCAGAGUGAGCCAGCGAGAGUGCGGGAGAGACCGAGAGUCAAAAUUAAAAAGCAACAACAACUAUCAUUCCAGCUAAGUGAACAUGUUUUUGGCUAGCAUAAAACCAUAAAAUCUCAACAAAGCUGUGUGAAGAGAAAACCACAUUUUUCUUGUGAAAAACUCGCACGCAUACACGCACACACACACACACGCAUACAGGGAAAACCCCACAGUCGUACCUAAACACGACGAACAAUGUCCAGCUGGGCUGAACGCGUUCACCGACGCGCCGCCGAUCUUGGCAACGUGGUCACCUCCUGCGGCCACCCGGCGACUGCGCCCGCUUAUCCCUAUCGCCUGGAGAAGGUGAAAUUCGGAGUAUCCCUGGAGGAGGUUUGUAAACACAACAACAACAUUCCAGCCCCGCUUCUCGUGCUCAUAUUGAAGCUCAACAAAGAGUCGCCCAACCGUCGCGACGUAUUCCGGGCUCCCGGCCACCAGGGGGCCAUGAAGAAGCUCAUCCACUUCCUCCAGGCGGGUCGGCUGGUCAAUGUCGACAACUAUUCGGUGUUCACCAUUGCCAGUGUUUUAAAGAAGUUUCUGCGCAAGAUACCAAAUGGUAUCUUUGGCCGCAACGGAGAGAUGGAGCUCUUUGCCAUCAACGAGUUGCAGAACGAAGCCGAGCAGACGGAGCGUUUACACAGACUCUUCAGUUCCCUGCCGAAAUACACACAGCAUCUCUUGGUAUUACUGUUCGGCACAUUCCGAGUGAUAGCAAGCAAUGCGGCCCAUGCAUCCACCGGGAUGACCAGCGAGGCCCUGGGCGUCUCGGUCGCCCCCAGCUUCUUUCAGUCCUGCGUCAGCGACGGCAAGACCGCCCGCAUGGAGGAUGUCCUCAAGUUCAAGGUUGCCACUAAGAUCAUGCAGAAUAUAAUAGAUAAGUUUGCCACACACGAUAUAUUUGGCCGAGAGAACUAUGAAUAUUAUGCCCGCGUCACGGGUCGCAUUCUAAAGGUGCAGGACGAGUGGAUAUGCAGCUUUCAGUACCCCCCACCGCCCCGUGGCAAGCUGGCCCAACAGAAAUACGCACUUCAACACUCUCUGGAGGCGGAGAAGACCUGGCUGCAGUGCCAGUGCGAGCGUUGGGGCUUACUGGCCCAGGAGGAAUCCCGCUCGACACCCGCUCUGCUGACCAGCUCCAGUUCGGCUUUGGAGAACAGCGUCCUCUCGCUGGGCGUCUCGCCAGAGCACUCGUUCAUCGAGAGCUGCGCCCGUCUCUCCGUCUCGUUGGAGGGACCCGGAAUCUUUGCCAUGACCUCGUCCCCACUGCCAGCCAAGCGCCAGGGCAACGGCAACGGCAACGGCAACGGCAAUGGGAAUGGGAAUGCCAACGGAAAUGCCACAGACUACGACUACGAUGACUAUGCCGACGAUGAUGAGGACAACGAUGAAUUGGACGGGGCUCAUCCGGACUUUCCCGCCGAACUGGAACUGAGCUGCAUUGAAAGUGCUCCUCCAAUGAAACAGCAGGCGCCGCCCCAGCUGCGGGCCAUCUAUCGCCAGAAGCAUCGUCAGGCCACAAAAAACUACCAUCAUCAGCUGCAGGACGAUGAGGACGACGAUGAUGAGGAUGAGGACGAGAUGACCGUUGUGAAACGUCGCUAUCGCCAGAACAAGAAGAAGCCGGUGCCCAGUAGCAGCAGCAGCAGCCACCACCAAAGACGCCUCCGCACUGGAACCAAGAGCCUCGACGGCAGCGGCGAGCGACGCACUGUGCCCGAAGCCCCUACCAUUGCCGGGGGCAAUCCAACGCCGCCCAAGCCAAAGCAGCGCACCUGCAGCCGCUGCAAUCGCGGCAUACGCCACAGCAGCUCCUGUAGCUCGAACUCAGCCGGGCCAGUCGGCUCCAAUGCAGGAGCGGCCUCGGGCACCGCAGGCGACGGGGGAAACAACGGCAUGACCAUGGAGGAGCUGAGGGCCGUCAACCGCUAUGCGGAGAGCACCAAGAGCCUCUCGUAUCUGCCACAGGUCCAUGAACGCCAAACCGCCCGAAUGCGCACCCGCUCCGAGUGGUUCCUGGGGCCUCGGGAUGCGGUCGUCUCACUGCAGAUGCCGGCGGACACGUGCAGCGACUGCUGCCUUGCCGCCGCCGCUGGUUACUUGGGUGGCGGCAGCACCCGGGACAUGCGCCAGGCCCAUGCGGACGGGGACCGGAACCAGGCGGCGCUGCUCUAUCACUUCUAUCGCAGGCAGCAGCAGGAGCAUGAAUCCCCACAGGAGCAGCUCUGGGGCGACAUGAUGGACACCGAAGAUAGCUACGGCCAUCAGAGGGAGCAGCAGCAGCAGCAGCAGCAACAACAUAUACAUUCCAAAGGCCUUCUAAGGCCCCCCCAGCAGCAUCCGCACUCGCAUCUGCAUCUGCAUCCACAACAGCAGCAGCCCCGUCGCCUGCUGCUUGAUGUCAAUUCGGUUGGCAACAUCCGUUUGAGUAACAGCGCCGAGUCCAUACAGUAUGCCUCCCGUCGUCCCCAUGCCAGCAACGUCAACUCCAGUCUCGGCGGCCAGCACAAUCCCACACGGCGCCUGCUCAUUAAUGUGCCACGCCAGUACCGAUCCUCGCUGCGACGGAACAAGGAGAAGCAGAUCGGCGGCAAUAGUCAGAGCAACAGUAGCAAUAGCCUGGGCAGUGAUCAGUUGACCGCCGGAUCUGGACCGGGAAUAGGGACAUCAGCCAGCGUAAAUCAGGCACUGAACAGGCCGCUUCUGAUGGUGGGCCUUUUGCCGGCCGCCGAGCAGCCGUCGUCGGUGCGGAAUUCCAUAGCAGAGUGUGGCGGCAGUGAUGGAAACGGCGUCAGGAUGGACACACUGGAGCACCAGCUGGGUGUCGAGUGCAGCACUACACUGAGCUUCAAACCGCCCCGGCUGUAACAGGAACAGGAAUAGGAACAGGCACAGGAAUAGGAACAGGACUAGCAACAAGAUAAGAAUCAGGGGGAGGAUUAGGACAACGACACCGACACCGAUACCGAUACCGACACCUCAUCCCCUCAACAGCUACAACUAGGUUUAGGUCUAACGAUUUUAAAUUGAAACUUUACAUUAGAAAAUACAAAUUUUUUUUAUAUAUGUAUGUAUGUAUGCAUCUGUGCGUAUGUAUACUUCCAACUUAAGCACAUAUGUACAUGCAUACAUCUCAUAUAUUAGAUAAUGAUAAUUAUAUAUAUUUAUUGUGUAUGCAAGAAAAGGCUGAUUUUCUUUAGUUAAACAAACCAACAAAACUGGAAGCAAAACCAAUAUCUACUAUAACUGAAACUAACAAUACAUUGCAAAAAAUUGCCAAAUUUUAGUGAACGUUCAUUUUGUUUGUAAAUUGAUUGAUUCGAUUCUGAUAUUCUGUUGUUACCAAAAGGAAACUCACUGAAACUUAAUCAUUGUCAAACGAAUACUUUACACCUGAUCGCAAACCGAAACAACGACGCAAGAAGCAUGUCUAAACUACUCGUAUAGAUACAUACAUAUAUCAUCUGAACAAUCGAGCCAGUCGAUUUCGUGACUGGCUCUCCUAACUGAAUAUAAUUCCAAUAUUAUAAUGUCUAAGCUCUUCAAAUCGAAUUAAAUCAAUUGAAUGAAGCUCCUCAAAACUCAAUCAAAAGCCACAUAACAGAUUUACAUACAUUUUUGAUACGAAUAAGUGAGAAAAGCAGAGCAAACAAAUCGAAUAUAUAUUUUACCUCUAUAAUAAUUCUUGAAAGGAUUAUAACAACAUAUGUUAGCAUUUAAAUCUGAAUAAGCGUUUUCAAAUUAUACUUGUAACUGCUUAACGAGAACAAUGUGUAAUGCCAAUAUUUGAAUUUUGUCAUCGUUUAUAUAUUGCUAUGUGUACAAACAUACAUAUAUACACAAUAUACAUACAUAUGUAGGUGUCUGUGUGUCAAAGAGACAUGCAAUACAUUUAUUUAUGUACAUAAGUAUUAUACGAUUUGAUGGCACUGCUCCACCGCGGAACAAUCAAAUAGAUA